UUAUACACAAAGUUUUUGGUCUUUGUAGAAAAAAGCUUUGAAUUGUUUGGAUUGGUUUUCAAACAAUUCAAAGCUUUUGGUCUUCUGUAGCAAUUCAUCAGACACAAAUGGCAGGAAAACAAGCCAUGAUUUUUGCCCUAGAUGACACUGACCACAGCUUCUAUGCCCUAGAAUGGACUCUUGAUCAUUUCUUUGUCACAGAUUCCCUUUUUAAGCUCGUCAUUGUUCACGUAAAAACUACUCCAACUUCUGUUAUAGGUCUUGCUGGCCCAGGAACAAGCGACGUGCUCAUGCUCGUAGAAACCGAUAUUAAAAAGACAGCUCAAAGAGUUUGUGAGAAGGCAAAACAAUUAUGCAAUGCUAAAGGGGUGACUGAUGUUGAAUUUGAUGUUGUCGAAGGAGAUGCUAGAAAUGUGCUGUGUGAUGCUGUUGACAAGCACCACGCCUCUGUCUUGGUCAUGGGCAGCCAUGGCUAUGGAGCUUUCAAAAGGGCUGUUUUGGGAAGCGUAAGUGACUAUUGCUCUCACCAUGCUCGUUGCUCAGUGAUGAUUGUGAAGAAGCCAAAGACAAAGAAUUGAAAAUGUUGAACAAUAAAAGCAUAAAGGAAAAUAUAUAUUGGAGGGAGAUUAGACCAAAACCUUCUCAAGAAAUAUUAAUUUAGAGAAAGAGGACAUACAUCCAAACCUCUAAAUAUACUUAAAAAAAUCAAUAGAACUAUAUGUAGCUAGCAUAUAUGCUUGAAAAAAAAAAUCAUAUCUUGCUGGCUUCAUGAAUUUAGUAGUUAGCAAUAGGUAUGCCUCUUGGUCUUUUUUUCUUUCUCCUUUUUCCUUUUUUCUUGCACCACAUUCAUGGUGUUUUUUUUAUUGGAUUGAAUGUUUUUUAUUUUUAAAUUAAUUAAUGGAAAUGAAAUCCUGCAUUCGCAAUUA